GAAUCCCUCGACGGCUGGUAUCACUGGCGUGAUAUUCUCACCCUCCUGGCCAACUGCGAAAAGGCCAUCUCCGAACACCCUGCCCUCUACAAGACCCUCAUCACCUGCCUCUAUCGCCAGCUGACCUUCACGGGUGACAAAAAGGCCAACAAAAAGGGUAGCGAAGAGGGUGAUGAGGAUGAUGGUGCGCUAGGCAUC